CUCGGGUCGCAUUUUGUACGUCGUCUUUCGGUCGCGGUGCGGUGCGGUUCUUAUUUUUUUUCGGAAUUUUUGCCUGGUGAAAAAUAAAAUCACCUGCCACAGUGAGUGCGGGGGGAAAAGUGCGGCUUUUCCCGAAUUGCCAAGUGCGUGAAAAUUACGUCGCGAAUAGUACGUGUGCUGUUUUGGGGUUGGAAAAGUGUGCAAGCUAGGCGCUGCAGUGUGAAAAAUAAUCGAGUGACCUCCGCCCUCCCUCAACGUCUCCGUCGUCGUCGUCGACGUCGGUUGUCCUGCUUGGGGUUGGGUUGCAGCGAUUAGGGAAGAAGCAAAGGCAAAACGUGAAGUGUGGUGCACGGUGUGUACGUGUGUGUGGUUGGUGUCCCUGAAAUCCUCGCACCGCUGGUAGAUGCAGAGUGGUACCACUCGGAUCAGCGAGGAUCCGGAGAAAAUCUAUAUUGUAGGAAGUGUGGUUGCGGGAUAUUUGUACGGGAAGCAGCCGAAGCCGGUUCCGAGCAACCAGGAAACAGUGUUGAUUCCAGAAGCACCGGAGCCCUUGCCACCCAGAUUGCCUCCUUCCUGAAAUAUCCAAGCUGCUACCGUUUGAAACGUACCUGCUAGGAGCUGCUAGAUUACAAGAUUGAUCGUUUAAGACGGCAUCCGGUUGUGAAGUCCGGCAAGGAUCCAUUCAUUCACCACUGAAGUAUUGUAAGAACGGAAGAAAGCAGGCGUUGCGCUUAACGCAUAACCUCGAAAGAUGUCGCUGUGGGCACGCGUUAACCAGCUCCCACAACCCGUCCUCGAGCAGAUCCGCUACAUCUAUGGCAACAGUUUCCCGAUCGAGGUGCGGCACUAUCUGGCGGAAUGGAUCGAGGAGAAAUUGCUCAACGUCCAAACCUACCAGCACGAGCAGGACAGUGCCUACGAGCAGGAUGCCGCCACCUUCCUCAACCAGCUGAUCAACGAGCUGGAGCGGACGGCCAUCAACCUGCCGGAGGAUAACGUGACCGGUCGGAUCCGGCUCAAUGAAUCGGCCCGCAACUUCCGGCAGCUGUUCUCGCACAAUCCCGUCCAGCUGUACUCCCAUCUGAUCAGCUGCCUGCAGCGGGAGCGGCAGUGCAUAGCCUACCCGGAGGACUGCGUCAACGUGCAGGAUCCGGAAAUCGCCGAAGUCAUCAACGGGCUCCAGCAGCUGCAGAUGUUCGUGCGAGCCAACGAAACCGAAAACCGCAAUCUGGUCAAAGACUACGAGCACCUGUUGCUCGAGAUUCACGAAAUUACCAAGAACAAAGCCCAAAUGGAAGCCAUUUCUAAUGAGCAGCUGCGGGAGCACGCCCGGGUCACCGUGACGCAGCAGGAACGUAGUGUAAACGAAACAGUCACCCUGAUUACCGGCAAGCGGCUGAAUCUGGUCGACAAUUUCCGCAAAACGAUCCAACUGACAUCGCAAGUGCAGGACAAAGUGCUGCACAAGUACCUGACGCAGUGGAAGAUCAACCAGGGCUUUGCCGGGAAUGGAGCAUCCGGCAUGAGUGCCAGCAAUCUGGACACCAUUCAGGCGUGGUGCGAAAAUCUUGCCGAAAUCGUCUGGAACACCAAGGACCAGAUUCGGCUGGCGAUGAAGAACAAAUCCAAACUGAACAUCGAAGAACCCAACUUGCCCGACUUUCUGCCGCAGUCGCUGGUCGAGGUGACCAAUCUGCUGAAGGCCCUCAUCACGACGACGUUCAUCAUCGAGAAACAACCGCCACAAGUGAUGAAAACCAACACCCGGUUCGCGGCGACCGUCCGGCUUCUAAUCGGUAACACGCUCAACAUCCGCAUGAGCAACCCGUUGGUUCGGGUUUCAAUUAUUUCAGAAGCGCAAGCACAGGCCACGCAGCAGUCCAACAAGGCGUCGGAGCAGUCUUGCGGAGAGAUCAUGAAUAAUACAGGAAAUCUAGAGUACAACGAAACCACUAAGCAGUUAUCGGUUAGUUUUAGAAAUAUGCAACUUAAGAAAAUCAAGCGAGCGGAAAAGAAGGGUACCGAGAGCGUGAUGGACGAGAAGUUUGCUCUGCUGUUCCAGUCCAGUUUCGCCGUUGGUCAUGGCGAUUUAGUCUUUUCGGUUUGGACGAUCUCACUUCCGGUGGUCGUGAUUGUGCACGGCAACCAGGAACCGCAAUCGUGGGCCACCAUCACCUGGGACAACGCGUUUGCCGACAUUAAUCGAGUGCCAUUUCACGUGCCGGACAAGGUGUCCUGGAACCUGCUAGCCGAGGCCCUGAACACCAAAUUCCGCGCCUCGACGGGGCGUUCCAUGACGCCGGAGAAUAUGCACUUCCUGUGCGAGAAGGCAUUCCGCGCCACCCUGCAGUAUCCGGUUUCGAAUGAUCUGACCAUCACGUGGUCGCAGUUCUGCAAAGAACCCCUUCCGGACCGGACGUUCACCUUCUGGGAGUGGUUCUACGCGGCGAUGAAGGUCACACGGGAACACCUACGUGGGCCGUGGAACGACGGUAGCAUCGUUGGCUUCAUCCACAAAUCCAAAGCCGAAGACUACCUGCUCAAGUGUCCCCGGGGAACGUUCCUGCUGCGGUUCUCCGACAGUGAACUGGGUGGCAUCACCAUCGCCUGGGUCAACGAAAGUAACGACGGCCAGCCGCAGAUCCUGCACAUUCAGCCCUUCACGGCGAAAGACUUUGCCACCCGGUCGCUCUCGGACCGGAUCCGUGACUUUGAGGACCUGUUCUACCUGUACCCGAACAAGCCGAAGAACGAAGCGUUCGAUCGGUACACGACUCCGCCCGGCCAGCCACGCAACCGCAACUACAUCCCCUCGGAGGUGCGGGCCGUACUUAUGCCGAGCAACAACAACCCUAUCAGCUACCCGAAUACGCCCAACUCGUACGGGCACCUGCAGUCGCCGGAUGCCUCCCGGGAUACGCCCAACAGCGGUUUCAACCUGGAGACCGAUCCGGUGAACCACCUGCCCUACCAACCGCUGGCCGACCUGGAGCUGGAAAACAUUGAUAUGUUUGCGUCGUCGUACAACUAGGAUGGAGUUGUAUAUGUUGGUGUGACACACGAAUAAGCACACACCUACACAUACGUUCACACCCACACACAAACUUAGGUGCAAAGAAAAUGAGUAACGAAAAUCAAAAGCUCCCCCCCCCCAUUUAUUUUCUAAUCUUUAGGUCAAAGUUUUAAGUUUUUCCCCACAAUGUAAGCGUGUGUGUGUGUGUGUGUGUGUUGGAGUUUUGUUCUAAAACCAUCUCUAUGUGCAUAGAUUUUAUCCGUCUAUUUUGAUUUAGCAGGAAUGCCCUAUCGAUCGCCCCCCUCUCCCCUAGUUUUACUUUCAGAAUGAAUGAACCAUAACAAUCGAAAAUCGCAUGUAGAUGUGUUAUGCCGGUAGCAUAUCGUAUUCUAGUGUUUAUUUACACUUAUAAGUUUGAAUGAAUAAGCAUUUAUGUUUUUUUUUUAGAAAAGCGAUAAUCAAAAUUUACGUUUUGUUAAGUUCUAAGUACACACGGUUUGGUUUAGUCAGGUCAGGACACAGCAAGAGAGCGAAGCAGGAAGAUGAGAAAGAAGAAGAAGAUAAAGUCGAUAUGUGGUAAACAUAACCCUAGUACCUUGAUUGAUGUGAAUAAAGCGGAAGAGCGUUGAUCGUGAGUAAGAUUUUACAAUUUCCAUAUUUUUGUCAUUUUGUAAAACCACCUAUCACUACUUACUAUUAAAGAUUAAACAAACAAACAAACAGAGGAAAAAAAAUAAAAUGAGUGUUGUGAUUGUUCUUCUUCUUGUGAUAGAGCAGUGUGUAAGCUAAGGAUACAAAGUGGAAAGUGUCGUUCAAUGGAGGGUAAAAAAAGAGAGGAAUUUACAACCUAAGGAAGCAAAUUUAUUCCGUAAGAUGAUUUAGCACUCUUAGCUCGUAGGAUUAAGACGUUAACGGCGGAAUGAUUACACAAAAACACACUGAAGUAGAAAAUGAUCCAUAAAUGGAAGUCGCAAAUGUGACAGACAGGAAAUUUCAAACGGUUUCGAAAAUUGAUUCUUAUAGACGACGAAGAUGAGCUUUAGAGAAAGAGAGGAUAGAGAGCGAGAGAGUGGGAGAUCAAGUUUAAUAGAUAGAAUGCAGUUUGUUCCAGCAACCAAAAUUCAAUGGUAAAGAAUAAAAAUCAUACAACGAAUUAAAACAAAGUUAUUGUAGGGUAAAAUGUGCAGUUAAAUUGUGGUAAAGAGAAGGAAAAAUUCAAACAAAUGUCAAUAUUUAGCGCAAAGUAAGAUGGACAGUUCAUUUUGCAACUGGGAAAUGUGUGUAAUAUGUUUCAGCUACUGAAAAUGGUGCAAUCCGUAGUUUUUUUUUCUUUCUUAAAAAAAGUAUGUUCGAAAUUUUAUUUUUUACUAGAAAAAAUUCUAUAAGAUUUUUGUCUGUUUGAAAUAUCUGUGACAUGGAUUUUUUUUUUGUAAACAAAUGUCGGCUCACAUCUCAACGUGGAGGGCGGUGCUUACGAGUAACUGAAGCAAAGAAGCAUUUGUUUUUCAGAUGAAUUUUUAUUCUAUGUUUUUUUAAGAUAAUGAUAGCGAACUGCAUUGGAAAAUGUCCUACCUUAUAUUCCGUAUGUGUCUUACUGUAGCAAAAAUGUUUCUCGUUGAGAUUUAAGCUAUUAUCUUUGCAAAUAUUCUUAAUAAACAAAAAACAACUGUUUGUAUUGUUGUAAACAAACAUUCAUACACACACACACAACCAAGGACACAGCUACAAAUGCCGUUCUCUGCAAGUACAUUUCGAACAACAGCGAGUGAGAUAAAUGUUCUAUUUGUAAACCAACCCAUUUUACACGAACACGAAUUUCAACUAUUCCAAGAAUAGUGCCAUAAGAGAGGGGAGAAGCAACACUAGGAUCAUAUAUGUAGCGUUUAGAGUAAAAUGAUGUUUUUUUUCCCAGAAAAAAAAAAUCUUUUUUUCUUUUUAUACUAAUUAUCCAUAUUGUUCGAAUCAAUGUGCUUUAUGAAUUUACACUACUGACGGUCGAAACGAUAAAAGGCAAAGAAGGUUCUAAUUUUUAUAUUCUUACUCGAUUCGGAGAAGUAGUUAGGCCAAUCCAGAAAGGAAAGAAAGCGUAAACAGGUUCGCGGGAAGGAUUUUUUAAAACAAAAAGAUUAUUUUGAUCAGAUUAUAACUUUGUAGAAACGGUAGCAGAUGGAAGAUAUUUUCCCGCCCCAGAAUUGUAAGGUUGAUAAUAUUUACUCAACGGUUCUUCACCCCCUUACACACGCAGACAUACCCACACUGUUGUACUGCAAACGAAAAAUAAUCGGUUUCAGAGAAAAUAACCAAGAUAAAGGAAAGCUUAGAAAACAAAAGUUAAAUAAAAUAUACAAUGAAUUCCGUAGUUCAGAGCAUUUGAUCUUCACGAUUACACACAGUUGAAAACGUUGGUACUUAGGCCACAGAAAACGUUUGACUUAAACUAUAUAUAUAUACAUACAUAUAUACACAUACAUUUACGAUAGAACAGAAAAGGUGUCAAUUGGAGAAAAAAAUAAAUAAAUGAAAGCAUCUUGAUUCUAGUUGGAAUGAAGAGUAAGUACGCAAGUAUACGGUUUUGCGCCCCGCGGCGCCCUUAACGACCCUAUGAAGAAAUAUGUAUACCUGAUCAAGAGACGAUAAACACAAAUUUUAUCAUUACUCUACAGUUUACAGUUUAUGGAUUAGCCUAUCAGAAAACCGAAGGGCACACAAAUACCUACAUACACGCAUUGUAGAAAUCAGCUUACAUAGAAUCAAGAGAAGAAGAAGAAAACACAGAAAACCCAUAUUUACAGUAACUUGCUGUGAGCAAGCAAGGCUAAUUUUACUCUGAUAUUGAGAGGGAUUGGAAACUUAAUACUUACUGCAGAGGAGAACAAGAGAAAAAAAAACAAACACAGAAGUGAAACAAUUGUAAUGAAAAUACGUCCAAAGACUUCCUUAGCAGGAAGAGAAAGAAAGUAAACUUACACUCACAUGCAUACCCUAUGCUUGGAUAGGCGCAACAAUAUUACAACAGAUUCACCUACACACCUCCACCAAAACACAACAAACUCAAAGCUAGAACACGAGUAUGCCUUUCGAGUUGAUUGAAACCUAAGGAAGAUA